AUGCCAGGCCAGGGCCCGGGCGGUAUCAUCUUCAUGCAGGACAUUGACGUCCUCACCGAGAGCGAGCCAGAGGCAGAUCGGCCAUCAUGCCAAGCUUCGAGGAAGAGGAAGAGAAAGCCCCGCAAGAAGAGACCGGACUCCGCAGACCCGCUGGUGCUGCAGAAAAUGCUCGCGAAACCAUGUGACAAGAAGUGCAAGCGAGAUUGCAGAAGCUGCUUUCGGCAACAUGCGGCAUUCCAGGAACUCUUGAAGUUUAGACAGAAGUGGAAGGGGCUGCACAAGCUCGAUCAGGACACGGUGGUCUUUCAGACCAUGCAGAAGUUCCACGACAAGGCCGUGGAAAACAACUGCCCAACUGAGUGGACCUUCCUCGGCCGGCCUGUUUGUUUCCGGUCCUGGCUGCGGCUUCAGAAUUUGGGUGGGGGGCGAGCAGCCAGACUGUGGAAGGCUGUCCGAUCUGGCAGCUCCGGGCCUCCCUGCGACCUCAGGUACUUGAAAAAGGCUGGCGUCGUUGUCUCUGACAAAGUCGCCAACGUCACAAGCUUCUUAAGCAGAAUCUACGAAUCUGUGGCAGAGACACUGCCUGACGUUCGAGAUGAGUUGGGCGAUGUCGCUGCAGACGUCCGGGAAUACAAUUUCCAGCUGGAUGCAUAUGCCAUGGCACUCCAGGAGCAGGAGAAGAAGAAGCAGGUCGCUGCGGGAGAGAAGUCUGAGGACCCGGCACAGGGCAAGCCUACUGAGAAGGUGAAGCGGUCAACGUUCCGGUCUGUCACCGUGCCGGUGGAAAGAACCCCUGCGGGCGGCGGCCCCGAGCCGCGGUCUCUUCCUCCUGGCCAGAUGCUGGAGUACUUUGAGCAGUACAAAAUGGAGGUUGGGAAGGACGCGGCUGUCGCAUUUCCGACUUUCUGGAAGGUGUGGAAACGCGACUGGUCGUUCUUGACGUUUCGACCUGUCAGCCUGCACAAGGAAUGUACACAAUGCGUGCGCCACAAAGCACUUAUCCAAGAACUGGGGCAGCACUUGCACGCCCGAGCUGCUGCCCAGAAGCUAUACUAUGCUCACCUCAGGGCACAAUUUCUUGACCGCCAUGAGUAUUGGGCCUGCCGUGGACGGAGCCGUCUGCGAGGCAAUGAGAUCUCCCUUAUUGCUGACGGCAUGGAUCAAGCCAAGUUCAGUGUACCUCGGCACCCACAAAUUCGAGCUGCUGCUUUCGAUACCUGGAUUCGUCCAAAGUUGCACGUUUCGGUAUGCAUAGCCCACGGGUACCACGUAAUCGUCGGGGUGUCAGACGCGGACUUGAAGAAGGAUGCAAACACCUCGAUAGAGAUGCUGAGCCACUCUUUGACAAAAUUGUCGCACAGCGGAGUGAAGUUGGAUGAAAGCCACAUCAACCUCCAGUGCGAUAAUACAUCGAGGGAGCUGAAGAAUAAUGUCUGUUUGCGCUGGGCCGCCAGUCUAAUCAGUGCAGGGAUCCUAGGGUCCUUCACACUGAGUGCACUCCGUAGUGGGCACAGCCAUGAAGACAUUGAUCAAUUCCAUGGCUCACUUGCAAAGUUUCUGGUUCGAUGCAGAAUCGUGGAAACGGCGCAGGACUACGUGGACAAGAUCCACUCCUGGCUGCAAAGCGUUCCACGUCCAUUUGAGGCCCAACGAGUUUGUUUGAAGAUAGAUCAAACUCGCGAUUGGCCGCUUGCCUAA